CAAGCGUGGUCCAAUUGAUUGUUUUCUAUGGCGGAUUCUCGCGAUUAUCCACUCUUUCACUGAUCGAGUCUAGCUGCUGCACUGCUGACGCUCGCUCUUCUCUUCUUUCCCUUCUCACUGCGGGGCUGUUCCCCUUCAAGUUUCCUCAGACUUGCGAAUCUUCUUCAAUUGACCCGAGUACAACUAUCCCAAGCAAUUCCGAAUCUAUCAGUUCGCCCUCCCGCCGCUGCUCUCUUGUGCCCCUCUUCCAGGUUUGUUGAUCCCGCUUCCCGGCGCCAGCUGUUCCCUCCCCCUCCAUGCGCACUACAUCACGGAAUUCGAGUUUGAUCGGAUAAUCUCCCUACAAGUAUCGCGCGUGGCUACCUCUGACGUUUGAAUAAAUAGCGAUCAUGGCUGCCUCAACUCUUCCAUACAUGAAGACCAACCCCAAAAUUAUCUUCUUCACCGAUUUCGAUGGCACAAUCACUCUUGAAGACAGCAACGAUGCUAUGAUCGACAACCUGGGUUAUGGGCGCGACAAGCGCCGCGAAGGAAAUUUGGCAGUUCUCGAAGGAACAAUGAGCUUCCGUGAUUCCUUCCGCGACAUGCUCGACAGUAUCAAGACCCCCUACAAUGAGUGCAUCGAAUACCUCAAGAAGAACAUGAAGCUGGACCCCUACUUUGUCGAGUUUUACCACUGGUCGCGGGAGAACAAUGUGCCGAUCGUUGUUCUGUCUUCCGGCAUGAUCCCCGUCAUCAGUGCCCUGUUCGAGACGUUGCUGGGCGGCAAACCGGACGAUCAUCUUCACAUCGUCGCAAACGAGGUCGAGAGCCGUGAUGGCAAGGACAUCAACAGCGAGGGCGGAUGGAAAAUCAAGUACCACGACGAUAGCCAUUUCGGCCAUGACAAAUCCUUGGAAAUCAAGCCCUACGCGGCGCUACCGGACAGUGUGCGCCCCACCUUGCUGUACGCGGGUGAUGGAGUUUCUGAUCUGUCUGCCGCCGUAGAGACGGACUUAUUGUUUGCUAAGAAGGGCAAGGACCUCGUGACAUUCUGCGAGCGCCAACAGAUCCCUUUUACUCUUUUUGAGAGCUGGGAGUCGAUUCUUGCGACAACGAAGGAUAUCCUGGCGGGCAAGGUCACUGUUAAGAAGGUUCGAGCGGGCGUGCAGCUCGCUCUCUUCGCCUCCUUCGUCACUCUCCUCGUUGUGGUCUUGGACAAUCGAUUCCGUGUUCUUCCUGCCUCCAUCCAUGGCCACCUUCCGUCCCACUACAACGGCCUCGUCGUCACCGAUGUGACAGUCGUGACCUGCUCAUUGAUGAACGUUUUCUCCAGCUGCAAGACAAACCCUCAAACGUCGUGGACACAGGUGGAAAAGGAUCUUUACCUCCGCACCGGCUGGACCUCGAGCGCUUUCGUCCGAUUCGAGCGCAAGAAAGAAGAAGAGCUCCUCGCCAGCGACCGAGUGGUGAUUGAUCUCAAGAUUAGCCGACUCGUCCCAGAAUACUCCGACAAACCUGAGGAUGCGGAGGAAGGGGAGACGUGGGAACAAAGACCGGGAGGCAUCUGGCUGAAGCGGACGUCCAAGCGGCAUGCCAGCGACUCGCAGAAGGCGAUCACGGCCGUCGACGUCUUGUUCGGCGCCGAUGCGGUCGACCCCCGUGCGGGCUGGGAGGUGAAGGAUACCCCGCUGCUACUGGAUAGCCGGACGGAGGCCCUGGAGGCCCGCAUCAGCGUUCGCAGGGGAGAUCCCACCAAGACGAAGAAGCCCGUGCCGCGUAUCAAUGAGAAUGGGCGAUUCAAAAUCAUGCAGUUGGCCGAUCUGCACCUGAGUACGGGUCUCGGGGCGUGUCGAGACCCCGUGCCGGCGGAGUCCGUUCCGGGCCAGCAGUGCGAGGCUGAUCCUCGGACGCUGGAAUUUGUGGAGCGGCUCUUGGACGAGGAGCUGCCGGAUAUGGUCAUCUUGAGCGGAGACCAGGUCAAUGGCGAGACGGCGAGGGAUGCGCAGAGCGCGCUGUUCAAGUCCGUGAAGCUGCUCGUCGAUCGCAAGAUCCCUUACGCGGCAAUAUUCGGCAACCAUGACGACGAGGGAGACCUUUCGCGACAGGAGUUGAUGGCUAUCCUGGAGGAUCUCCCGUACUCGCUCUCGAGGGCGGGACCUGAGGAAGUGGACGGCGUCGGGAACUACUAUGUCGAGGUCUUGGGUCGCGGAAGCACUCAGCACUCAGCUCUGACAUUGUACUUGCUGGACAGCCAUUCAUACUCGCCUGAUGAGCGUCAGUUCCGUGGCUAUGAUUGGAUCAAGCCAACCCAGAUUCAUUGGUUCAAGAACACCGCUCAUAGCUUGCGGAACAAGCACCACGAGUAUACCCACAUGCACAUGAAUAUGGCUUUCAUCCAUAUUCCUGUGCCUGAGUACCGUGAUGCCCGCAAUUACUACCGUGGGAACUGGUCCGAGCCUCCAACCGCGCCGGGCUUUAACUCGGGCUUUAAGGAUGCUAUGGAAGAAGAGGGUAUCCUCUUUGUUAGCUGUGGACAUGAUCACGUCAACGACUACUGCAUGCUGAAUCGCGAUCACGAAGAAAAGCCAUCUCUCUGGAUGUGCUAUGGAGGCGGCGUUGGCUUUGGCGGGUACGGAGGCUACGGGGGCUACGUGCGCCGGGUGCGAUUCUACGACUUCGACAUGAACCCCGGUCGCGUGAUGACCUACAAGCGGCUUGAGCACGGCGAGACCGAAGCCCGGAUCGACGAGAUGAUGAUCAUCGAUGGAGGUAUGGUCAAGGGGCCGGAUCCAGAAGAAGCUUGAACCGCGUUUUAUGAGAAGUCUCUUUCUUCUACUUCUACUUCUACUUUUCUUCUUUGAGUUUAGCUUCUGAUUGAAACGGAGAACGCUUAAGCUCCAGUUCGGGUUGACUUUUGACUUUUCUUUGUACUAUACCUACUCUUUAUACCUAUGCGUUGAGCUCGGAACCGGCAGUUGCGGAAUUUUGGCCGAGGACACUUUCUAUUUGUUGUUUCCAGGUUGCAAAAGGGUUACCUAAAAGGUUGAUUGCUAAACAGUUGAAGUUAUUUGAAUGCGCUAGUAUCGUUGUUAUCGUGCUUUUUUCCUCUGACUUCUCCAGUACUGGAGUCCCAAAUCUCUUUUUCCGACUGCCCAUUAACUAAACAAAAAUUGAGGCUUUCUU